AUGGAGAGUUGGUUGUGCGAUUUCUGUUUGGACGAGGAGGGGAAAAGACUAGUCGUCCGGAAGAACCAAAUCGCCGUCGACCCAUUGGGCCAGCUCCGGCGUCCGUGCCAGGUUGCCCCCCAAGCCGCAGCCGGCGCUUCUGCGCAGGCACGGGAGCCCGCUCCAGGCCCAGCUCCCCCGGCCGUCCACCGUGACGCCUACUCCCGCACCCCGCGACACCAUGACCCGCGCGCCCACGCUACCGUGAUGUGGUUUGCAUCGCACUCGGCGCAGCACUCGCCCGCGCCCUCGCCCUCGCCCGCCCGCUCGUACUCGCCUGCCCCUAACCGCCGCCCAUACCUGGCCCCGCCCCCCCAGCGCCCCGGCGUCAACCCGCGCUCGUCGUCAUUGUCGCUGCUGUCGCCCACCUCGUCGACUUCGAGCCUGCCUGCUCAGGCCCGUCUCCCCAAUGGCUCCGGCCUGCGCGUUCAGAUCAACAGUUCGCCUCCCGCCGACGUUCCAGACCCGCAGAAGGUGCUCGAGGACAUCCUAGGCGGCCCACCCAAAAGACAGAACCCCGAGCAGAGCGACGAGUCGGCUCGAGCUGCCGUCGAACGCCCACCGGACAUCGCCGAGGAUGUAGAUUUUGGCGGUUUGAGUCUGGCUGCGUUUGUGACCGCAGAAUGCGAAUCGCCGCGGCGACCUGCUGAUUUGCAGGCCCACAGCGCCGAAUCGGUCGAAGAAUAUGCUCAGGCUAGUGACAAACUUGAGGACUUACACCGCUCCGUGACGGCCUGUGAUGAUGUGCUCAAGUCUGUCGAAACGUACCUUACAGGUUUCCAGGCGGAUCUGGGGGCCGUGUCCGCGGAGAUUGAAACGUUGCAAAACCGCUCGCUCAGCCUCACCACGAAAUUGGAAAACCGGAAAGUGGUGGAAAAGCUAUUGGGUCCUGCGGUGGAAGAGAACAGCAUAUCUCCCGCCGUUGUGCGUCGCAUAGUGGAAGGGCCGGUAGAUGAGGGAUUCUCAAAGGCUCUGCAGGAGCUCGAAAAACGAUCAAAGGCUGUCAAUGCAAAGUCAAACGACGACAGCAAGGUCAAGGCUCUCAACGACCUGAAACCGCUUCUUGUGGACCUGACGAACAAGGCUGUUGAGCGCGUCCGCGACUACAUAGUUGCGCAGAUCAAAGCGCUUAGAUCGCCGAGCAUCAACGCCCAAGUCAUCCAGCAGCAAGGCUUCCUCAAAUUCAAGGACCUCUACGCCUUUCUGUCUCGUCAUCAGAAGAAGCUCGCCGACGAGCUCUGCCAGGCAUAUGUUAACACGAUGCGUUGGUACUAUCUCAACCAUUUCACGCGCUACCACCAGGCUCUUCAGAAACUCAAAUUACAUGUAAUCGAUCAGCACGAUGCCAUGGGCUCAGAAAGCCAAAGGCGCGGUGCUAUGCUGAGCAAUGCGAAAGUGCCUGCAGCGCCGCAUGAUGCCUUCUCUAUUGGCAGACGGCUGGAUCUGCUGAGAGGGUCCAAUCACAACGCCCUAACUCUGCACGUCCUCGAGGAAGACAAGGCAACGCAUUAUUUGGAGUUGUCCUUCCAUACCUUCAAUCUCGCCAUUGUUGAUAACGCAGCGUUUGAGUAUACGUUCCUAACAUCCUACUUCUCUUCAUCUCAAUCCUAUCAUGCCAUUGGCCGCACAUUCUCACAAAUCUUUGAGCCGACUUUCGCUCUUGGCCAGGCUCUUACAAAGUCACUCAUCGACACAACCAUGGAUGCACUUGGCAUACUACUAUGCGUGCGUCUCAACCAACACUUUGCUUUUGAGAUGCAACGUCGCAAGGUCCCAGCCGCUGAAAGCUACAUCAAUGGGACCAACAUGCUACUUUGGCCGCGCUUUCAGCAGAUUAUGGACACUCAUUGCAAGUCUAUACAAGCACUGACAGCUUCGUUGCCGGGUCGCCCGGCAGCAUCUACUAGCAUACUGGCGUCAUCGUCUACAGCAGCCUCAGAAGCUCAAAGCACGGCGCCGGUCGCCUUGACUCAACGCUUUGCCAACUUCCUCCACGGCGUUCUGACAUUGAGCUCUGAGGCUGCGGACGAUGAACCUGUUUCGAAUAGCUUGUGGCGCUUGCGCAUUGAAUUUGAGGCGUACCUGCAGAAGCGGAGCAAGGGCAUUGCGGAACAGCGGAAGAAAGACCGCUUUCUGUUCAACAAUUACAGCCUUGUUGGGACAAUCUUGGAAGGGGCUACUGGAAGGUUAGCGGAGGAGAUGCGGUCACAUUUUGUGCAGCUCCGGGAUCAGCACCAGGAUGGCGCUUGA